AUGUCUGACGACCCAUCUAUCGAGCGCACUCCCUCAAUUUCUUCUGGGCUGAGGAGACCUUUCGGGCUCUGGACGCGGCUGAACACCCUCUACAUGCGCCGCCGCCUUGGCUCACCCGAUGCACGCUCCGACUCGGACUCGGAGUCUCUCAAUAAUCAAAGCUCCGUACUUGGUGGGCCGAACGCAAUGGAUGGCGGCGAUGACUCCUCUGGUGAGGAGAGUGUCUGUGCACAAAGAACUGGGGCCAUGUACGCUCAUCCUGAGGAGAUAAUCGGCACUAUACGGGAAGAAAACGAUGGUCUUCCUCCUGAUGCCGAGUUCAACCCAACUCUCCGGGAGGUUGACGGAGUUCGGGAGAAGUACUGCGGCCCCUGCGCCAAAUGGAUCAGCCUCGGUCGCUCGCGCAUAUCGGACUGGGCCUACCAAGUGCACAUCCACUCUAGCAAGUGCGCACGGAACGCGCUCCCUACAGCACCCGCGUCUCGCUCUGGAGGCCGCGGACAGGAUGAGGAAGACGCAUCACAUGUGCCGGGUGGACGGGUGUCGCCUGCGCCAUCUGAGGACAGCGCCGAAGGCUCGAUUGCAACACCAGUCUACCAUAUGAACGGCUUGAUUAGCUCUGACUCUGAACCUGACGACCCGGUAGAAGGCACACCGGAUAGUGCCACACUGACCGAAGAGGAAGCGGCCCCCUGCGCUGCACUAGGAGAGCCGCCUUCCACACCUUUCCCUUCAGUCUCUACCCAGGUCCAUCGAACUCUCUCCGAAGGCCACACUCGUCGGACGAGCCCCUGUGGUGGCAUAAGGAUCCCGUGGCCUGUUGGUAAUGCAUACACCACAUACCCUUUCGCAAUCCACGCCGAGGACAGUGCCGUUGGAUUCCAGGUGUGCGGCAUAGAAGACGAAGGAAAGCUUCUAGUCAUCCGGGCUGACGGCUGUCUCGACGUUGCUGCUGGAGCUGCUUUGGCGUGUAUGCGGUGUACCACGGUACCAACAUCUAGGAAUUGGUCAGGUAUCGUCGCCCGGGCCACAGUGCUAUCGAAAUACACACCAUACGCGUACCGCAGCCACGCGCAAAUGCGCGAUGUUGCGGGGACAUUGACCUCCGAGGUUAAGAAACUUCGUCUCAAGGAGUUGAACGAUAUCCGUCGGCGUGGGACCUGCAUUGAGCGGCUUGAUGACUACAAACGGUUCUCCAUGGCCAUCGCAACCAUGGAUGUGCCGCGCUUGCGCCAGCUAGUGGCUGUCUCUAUCCGACGUGGAGCCAGUGCCGAGGCGAUCGUGGCGCGCAUGCGCGAUGCUGAAAAUGGCCUUGUAAAACUCACGUAUAGGGGGGCGCAAUCUGUAGCCCCUUUCCCGCAAGUACUCUGGUCCGGGCUCUAUUGA